GAUCACGCCGUACGAUUCCGGCCACAGUUGGGUGAGAAAUCUGAAACCGGCUUCAGUACAGAUUUCUCGAAAACGCUAGCCUGCCACUCGGAAGGUGGCAUUCGCCAUUCGUGUGUGAACUUGUACAAUUCUCACCUAACCCGCACCCGAGGCUCUGUGUAACUGCACCAGGCGGUUUGACGGUGCCCUUUCAACAAAGAAAUCACUACCGUGUUGCCGAUCACCGUGCCACACGCUAAGCACGUUCAAGAAGAAGUUCACGGUUCCGCUUUUAUUUCCCGAGUGCAAGUGAAAUAAAGGCGCAGCAAGCCGUGGUCCGGAUGUCAGUGCAGAGUUGUCAUCUUUCCUGCAGGAGAACUGUCAAGUGUGCGAGGAGGACUGCUAACGACGAGAAGCACAGAGCAGCUCUUCGCUUGAAGACAGCCGAAGAUGCAUUCCAUAGCAGCAGCAAAUCGAUCAACCGAACCGACACUAUAAACGAUGAGUGUAUCCCAUCGUCAGCUUCCCUAACAAAAUGAUACGGUGGUAAACAACGUAUCCGGAAGUACUUACAAAACCAGUGCAAUUGAGUGAAACGGCGAGUGCAAUUUUAUGUGUUACAUUAGCAAAUUCUUACUAUCGGUGUCGACGGUUUUGUAUUGUGUGUAAAGAGUGAGGGUGGUUCUCUGUCGUGCUAGAGACUUAACAAUGUGCUUGCAAUUAGCCAAUCGCACGUGUAUGUUGUUUUAAACUGUAAGACGUCGCUGCAGAAACCGCGAGUGCUGAGUUCUUACGAGUCAGUAGGAUUCCUCUCGGGCCAUAGAUAAGUGUUAAUGCACGCCGGCAUUUACUUCACAUCCUUAAGGAAUUGUUUCGCAAUUACGGUCGUGUGAACGUGGGUGAGUGUGUGUGUGUGGAGAGUAGUUCGGAAGCAACGUGAUCGCCACUGAGCGCAAAAAUGCUUCCUCGGGACGUAGCCUGUGUGCGGGAAAAGGAGUGAGGGCAGCGCUAUGCUGGGCAUUAUGCAUCGAUGCUUUGCCGUGUACGACAGGGUGAAGAUUAGGGGGGUGUCCGCGUCACGUAAGUCGCCUGUGUGUGCAUCGCGAUAAGGGUAGUAGUGACGAUUUGCGCGACUUUGACAGCGAAGAUCGAAGCCCGCUCACAGCAUGUGGUUGCCGUGUGCCUGUGCGCCUAGCUGUAGUAGAUCGGCGCUGUAGUGGAGCAGCAUAACGCCGAAGGAAAAAGAUAUGUUCGUGGUCGUGCACAAAUUCAGAACAAACACACACACACACGAAAACUCCCGCCACUGCAAGGGGGAUGCUCGCGAUAUUAAAAUGAGAAGCUGAUCGCGAAAAUUCUUAAGCGAGAACGCCGAGUGCGCCACAUCUCCGAAUUUGAGAUCGUGUCUCAAACAUCUGCCGGGAGAGUGUGAGAGAGAGAAACCCGCAUGCGUUUAGUAAGACAUUCGCAGCGUGUGUGGAGCUACAACUACCGAGGAUCAUGUUGCUGCUGUGCGUGCACUAGGGAAUACACCAGUGUCCGCGAAACGUUGUGUGCCACGAGGUGUGUUAGUGUUGUGAAAAUCGUACAAAAAGUCCUAGUAUCGCUUGGAGAUGAUUCGCUAGCGUCGGAAGGUCCCCAAUCGUCGUCACCUUCGCGUGUGUUAAGUGCAUCCGUUAGUCAUCCCUGUACACAACCCUCCGAAAUGGCUAGUUGAAGGUUCGCGAUACGAACCAAGAUUUUAACGUGUUAUAUGUGUGUGUAUGUGUUUUUUUUGCGUGUUCCGUUCCGUCAAUGCCGGUGCUGCCGGAGAGAGAGAAAGAGAGUGUGUGUGUUUGUUUGCCCUCUUAUCACCACCACCUGUCGGGGCCGCGUUGAGUAGAAUCGCAGUCUUGGCGUAGCUCGCAGACAGCAGGGCUUUUUAGCACAGUCAGUGCCUGUCCCCCGUCUUAGACAACAGGCGCCCUGUGUUCCCCCCUGUUCUAUCAACCUACGUGAGUUCGCGAAUGGAUAAGUACCACCACUCCGCGGUUUGUGUGUGUCAGUCAGGUGGAGCCCGAUAGUCAGAAGAGUCGACGAAGAAGAAAAAAAAUGGAGCAAUGUUAAGACAGCGAUCGUAACGCGUUGUUCUGUUCCGUUGGCGGCGAGUACGUAGUACUGCAAAUUUGGAAGAACACCGCCCCGGUGUGUUCUUGUGGGUUGGCAAAAAGAGCAAAGCGUGUGGAAGAAAGUAGAAUGAUCCCGACCGGCACUAAAAGUGUUAGGCUGCACGUAUUGUCUUGUGGUGGAAAGCGUCCAGCUCUAUGUGUAAAAUAAUGGGAAUAGCUAAAUAGUGGAUAGUGGCAUACAGAGAUAUAGCUAAUAUAGCUGUAGCAAAUAGAGGAAGGGUGUGUUCCCGUGUGCUGGAGCGAAUCCACCAACGUGAUCUGUGGAAGCCCCGCUAUAGAAGCCGCAUCAUCGCUAGUGAUAGUCAUAGUGUUAAUCGAACAAACAACCAAUCGUUGUUUCGGUCUGUGAGUGCGGCAGUGUUAAAAUACUACGCUGUUUUACAUGCCAACUUCACUAGGCUUCUUCAUCCGCUGUGUUGAGCGGAGUCCAGAUGAAAGCGUCCCCCAAAAGCUCACAAUCAACCGUUGUGUCCGUUUAAGCACAGAGGACUCUUCUAUUCACACUGCCCAGCUAGACGACGCAGCAGGUGAACAUAGAACAUCACCCUCACGCAAAACAUGCCUUGCUGGAAGCUGAAGAAAUUCUGCAGUAGAGCAAGCAACCGUCUAUGAAAUCACGUCUCGGUGCAAAACUUCACCAGUAAUCGCAGUAAUAGUUGAACACACAAAGCCAUUGCACAACCGAGAGAGAUAGAGCAAGGGCUUCGAAGUCGCACAAAGACUACGGGACUAGAUCGAAACGCUUCGAAAGAGGUGACAAGGAAAAACGGCAGCAGCAAAAAGAAAACAGCAUACAGAACGGAACCGGUAGGCAGUUUCCGCUUUCCGCUCUUGCACCGGAUCAACCGAGCCAUCGUCGGCCACAUGGCUAAUCCAACGAAUAUUAUCCGGGAGAUGGUCAGCGGGCGGCGUAACCGCUACACCCAGGAUGACUUCAAUCUGGAUCUUACGUAUAUUAAGGCGAAUAUCAUCGCCAUGGGCUACCCGGCGGAAAACAUGGAGGCCAUCUACCGCAAUAAUCGCGAGGACGUGCUGAAGCUGCUGACGGAAAAGCACGAGGGCAAGUACAAAGUGUACAAUCUUUGCUCGGAGCGUACCUACGACACCAAAUUGUUUCCGUACCACGCCGAAUAUCCGUUCAAAGAUCACAACCCGCCGGACAUUGAGCUCAUCGACAAGUUCUGCAAAGAUGUGUACAAUUUCUUGAAUGCUGAUAGAUCUCACGUCGUGGCAAUCCAUUGCAAGGCUGGCAAAGGUCGUACGGGAACGAUGAUCUGCUGCUACAUGCUAUACGACAAUACCUUCCAGACUGCCAACGAGGCACUGACGUACUACGCCGAGAAGCGCACAAAGGACAAAAAAGGAGUCACCAUUCCUUCGCAACGCCGAUACGUGGAGUAUUACGAACAGUUGUUGCGUAACAACCUAACCUACCGGAAAGUUUCACUAUAUGUUCUCGAGCUGCGCAUCUUUCCCGCCGACCUACCGCUGAAGGUUGGAUCCAUACAGCAGAAGGAUUCGAAGGAACCGCUGUCACUGGUGAAGUUCCACCGCAUGGAGGAUUACAUAUCGGUGGAGCUUGACUGCUGUAUGCCGUUGGCCGGUGAUGUGAAGGUUGAGUUUCGCGGCAACAAGCUGGACAAAGGAUGGCAUUUUUGGUUCAACACGUUUUUCGUCGAGCUCGCUGGUACCUAUGAUUCGCAGGGUCGAUUGGUGCUGGCUUUGGACAAAAAAGAGAUUGACGAUGCCCAUAAAGGUAACGCGAAAAAGUGCCCGGAACAGGUGCAAGUCUUUCUGCAUCCACGCGGCAAGAGUUCCGAUAAUUUAGACGCUAGGCCACCGACGCAGUCGCUAAUCGAGGGCAAUCAGAAGAAUGCUUCGCAAAACAACCAUCACGUGCUACAUUACCAACAGCAGCCGGUUCCGCAGGACCAGCAGCAGCUGCAGCAAAGGCAUUACAUUGCGUUGCGGGAUCCACCAAACCGUAGUCAAUCGAUGGUACCUAGCUCCAACUACAAUGAUCCCUUGCCGUUGCAUCAUCGGUCCGUAAACAACAAUCGCGCUUCGCUGGGCAAUAAUCAGCAGAAUAGCAGCAUUUAUUGUAACAUCGGGAUAAACAUUCCGGAUGUCGAAAGGCAGACACAGCAGCAGCAGCAGCUCCAGCUUCAGCAGCAGCAACAGCUCCAGCAACAGCAGCAGCAGCAACAGCGUCAGCUGAACCAUUCCGGAGGCUCUUCGGAGGGUACGGAUGAAGAUUGGGAAUCCGGUGAGUGUCAUACAGUAGUGUCGGAAACCAUGUGCAAAUCAAGACCAACUACAACAGCUACUACAUCAGCAACAACCGCGAAUACAACAACAGCUACGAUUACCUCGAUCACUACAGCCACAUCAAUCCCCAGUACAACCAAACCCAUUCUUACCACAUCCAACCAAACCAGUAGUAGUAGUAGUAGUAGUUGCCCCGUUGCGCAAUGUCCCCCAAUAAUACCGCCGGUGCGAGCAACGAUGGUAGUAGCGAUGGCCGCGACAACAGUAACGGCACCACCAUCCCCCAGCAGCAAAACCUUUGCCUCCCUUCCCUCCUCCUCCUCCUCCUCCACCUCCUCCUCCGUUCGUCGUUGUUGCAUCAGCGACAACGAAAACUACCUUCUCACUCGUAGCAGUUGUGGCCUCAUCGGUAAAAGUAGUAAAAGUAGUUAUGAUCCGCUCGCUCGCGGUGAGCUCGAGCCUCCCGGUAGUAGCGAUAGUAGUGUCUGCGCCACCACCAAUCAAACUCUUAACCAAAUCUGCCGCAUCCAUCCGAUGCAAAGCCUUUCGGCAAACGACGAAAAUCCGCCAACCCGAUCUGGUACCGUUACUACCGAUGGCUCCUCAUCGUUAGCGGUGAUGUUGUACGAUGCUAGUUCGCUACAAUACGGUAACUACGCGAAUCGUUUGUUGCGAGAAUCUCACACAUUGCUGGCCGGUGGUGCUGCUGCUUUUCCGCAGCAGGAAAAGAGGGUAGAAUCGCACGGAAACCUGAGACCGGGAAUGAUUGGUACGGUGGAUCGAUCCGCCACCGGAGACGAUCCCAGUGAAAUGGUACGCGUUGCAUCGGUAGUGGAUCGCGCAGAACGCGGUGCUAGUGAAGGUGGUGGUAGCGGCUCCAAAAGCAAACCCUCGUCCUCAUCCCCGUUCCGGCGGUUCAGUAUGGCUAUGAGGCGUAAGAAGAAACGGUCGCUGAAGCUGAAGCACGCCGCCAGCGGGAGCAGCAAUGGCGGUAUCAUCGGUGGUAACGCCACACUGUACGGGUCCUGUGCCAGCAAUCUGUCCGGCAUUUCGGUGGGUAACGGUUCGGUAAAGGGUAUCACGGCUGCCAACGAUGGUAGCGGUGUAGGAGGUAGCAGCAAAAGGACGAAGCUAAAAUUUCAUUGGCUGCGUAACAUGCGUAGCAACCCCAACCUGAAGGAGACACUUGCCAACAGCGUUCAGCUUCGCUCGACGACCACGAUCGGAGCGGGCGCUGGUAGUUCUAGCCUUGCGGAAGCGGCAAAAGCCACGACUACCACCACCACAACAUCAAACGUGCCCAUUCCGAAAAGCCCACCGGUAUCGUCCAAGAUGCCCAUACCGGACGUAGCAAAGAGUAGUGGUGGUGGCGGCGACGGCAGCAGCGCAAAGCUAGCAGCCGGUGACGUUGUUGGAGGCUUGAAAGAGAUCGCUUGCACCGACUACUACUCAUUUCUCUGUGAUAAUCAGCUGAGCUAUGAAUCGCCAAGCAAAAGUCCGGGAAAUAUGAUGCGGCUGGAGUUGGCACUUGCGCGUCGCCCAUCCACGAUCGAGGAGCAGCAGCCACCGACACCACCGCCACCACCGUCCCCUAACCUGCCAGCACCGGCGUCGCCGGCAGCGAUCACCGUACGAUCGGACACGGGCUGCAGCGUCGUGAAACCUAGCGCAGCAAACGUACGAAUCGGGUUCGACGUAAGCCCUGUGCCGGCUUCUCCUGUUGAUAGCAUCGCACAAGGCUCUUCUUCUAUCGAGAGUUCGUUCGAGAUGAUAGAGCAAGGUGAUGCGGCACUAAUGGAACCGUCGCAGAAUAUUUCUUCUACCGAACGUGCUGUGGGUGGGUUGGCGUUGGUUCCAAGUACUGCUGCAGGCAACAGUUUCUGCAACAAACUGUUGCAGCACAUUGUUACCUCGGUGAGUGGUGCGCGUAAGGGUGCAGUCGAUUCAACGGCUGCAAACGAAAGCAAAAAACAGAACAUUGGGGAAGGAUCACUCGAAAGUCUUACCGCGGACGUUGCUAUUCGUCGUGCAUCGUCAUCCUCCUGCUCGUCACUGACGAUCGUACAGCAGGCAGCAGCUGGUGGAAGUCCCGUCCUUGCACGUAGCAACCGUUGUGCACCGUUCUCGUUUCGCGAGAUACGGUCCGAGCUGUGUGCAGCCAUGAAGAUACCGAACCCGAAACCACCACGUACCCAAACAGCAUCGUCGUCUUCGUCGUCGAACAUUGCCGGUGGUGGUGUGGCUGCUUCUGCUGGUCGUUCGAUCGAACGAACCCUGAGCGCUCCUGUCGCGGUACAAACACUCGAAUCGAGCGCCGGGAGCAUUGAGAACGCAGGGUUUGCGUCUUUCGCUGCCGAUACUAUCACCUCCACUAGUACCAACGCGUCUACUGCUAACGGAUCGUUCUUACCAACGCUCAAUCGAUCGCAGUCCGAUCGCCAGCUAGGCGAUGAUCAUCGGUCUGCUGCUGGCCACCGGCGAUCGGGACACUGAUAUACAUCACACGCCCUUUUUCGAUUCCCCCCUCUCCCCAUUCCCCUCGAUUUGGUUUCCCUUUAAUAGAUUUCCCAUUGUAGAGCACACAAAUCCCUUUACCAUAUUCACUUUAAACAUACACACCUACAAACACACACGCACACGUUAAAGCGACAUUGGACGAAGCGAUUCUGUUUGGAUAGACGUAUGUAAGACAAAUAGAUAAAUGCAACCCUGUUGCUGUGGUCUGCUACUCUCUUCCGGUUGACAAUCGACGAUCGACGACGAGUUUGGAAAGGGAAGGUAGGCGUAUUCGAAAACGAAAAACCCCCCCUAACCUUAAAUCAACACACACACAUACACACAUUUCAAUUGGCAAGCAUUGCUGUGAUUUAAAGAUCGCUUGAUGAUCACGGGGAGGGACAAGCAUAUAGGAAAAUGAUCAUAACACCGAACAGAAACACAAAAUAGAGAUAGAUGAUCAAGUUUGUUUUGUUUUUCUCUCUCAUUGGAGCUACUAGCUAGGCAUCGAUAUAACGCGAUUACUUAAGCAAAACAGAAAACAAGCAACAAGAGCAAAAAGGGUGUAGUAUUAGGUUCGUUUUUGUCUCUGUUUCGUUUAGUACCUUUUAAUUCGGUCAGUGUAUAGAUGUGUAGUAAAGUGCGGCGAAAGUGUCGUCAGUUUUUUUUUUUUAGUGUUACAGAUUGUUGAAAGCUAGUGCAAGAAAUGAAAAUCAAUAUAGAUGAUAAUGCUUAACGUCUGACGCAAACCCCCGAAUGAUGAUGAUAGUUCAGAUUACAGAUAGCUAUAGGCGUGUUUAGAAGACAAAGUAAUGAAUAGUGAAAGAGCUUAGGCUAGAUAUUUUUAAACAUCGCGCGACAAUCCGGUACAAUGACGCACCUACCUGGGUUGGCUGAACCGCAACGUAACAACUUUAGCUGCUGUUUCCCCCCGUUUGAGAAUACUUGUUGCCAGCCUAGUAAUGACUCCACUCCGUUUCGAGCACGGUUUUAGUAAAGAUGGAUCUAUUUUUUUUGUUUUGUUACUUUCGCGCUACUUAUCGUCCAGUUUAUGUUUUGGUUAGAUUUUGUGUUUAGUUGUUUAAAAACAUGUUCCGUUCUGCUAUCUUUUGUGCGUUAUCUGCAACACAACUUUUCUGCUCCCCGCCUCAAAUUGAUUCUAUAUAAUAUAAUAUAACGAAUCGAUAGAUUAAAGAGAAGCAAAAUCCUUACAAACGUUACAAAA